AACAGUGCCUGAAGCAGGUCCACCAUGCCGUUAGUAACGAGGAACAUUGAGCCAAGGCACCUGUGCCGUCAGACGUUGCCUAGCGUUCGAAGCGAGCUGGAAUGCAUGACCAACAUCACCCUGGCAAAUGUCAUUCGACAGCUGGGCAGCCUGAGUAAAUUUGCAGAAGACAUAUUUGGAGAGUUGUUUACUCAAGCCAACACCUUUGCCUCUCGGAUGAGCAUUCUAGUUGAGAGAGUUGACCGCUUGCAAGUCAAAGUCACUCAGCUGGAUCCCAAAGAGGAAGAAGUCUCCCUGCAAGGCAUUAACACCAGGAAGGCCUUCAAAAGCUCCACUACUCAGGACCAGAAGCUCUUCGACAGGGAUUCUCUCCCGGUGCCUGUCCUUGAAACCUAUAGGACCUGCAAUACUCCUCCACCUCUCAACAUUCUCUCACCUUACAGGGAUGAUGGCAAAGAGGCACUUAAGUUCUACACAGAUCCUUCAUAUUUCUUUGACCUUUGGAAGGAGAAAAUGCUUCAGGACACCAAGGAUAUUAUGAAAGAGAAGCGGAAACAUCGGAAAGAGAAAAAGGAGAAUCCGAACCGAGGAAAUGUGAAUCCACGGAAAAUCAAAACCCGGAAAGAAGAGUGGGAGAAGCUGAAAAUGGGACAAGAAUUUGUUGAGUCAAAGGAGAAACACGGUCCUGCUGGGUACCCCUCUAACAUGGUGUAUCAGAACGGCAGCAUCGGCUCAAACGAAAGCAUGGACGUGAACUGCUACCCGCCACCGCCGCAGACUGACUCCAUUGUGCCACCACCUCCUUCAUUCCCAGAUGACAGCCUGCCUCCACCCCCGGUGGAAUUUAGCUAUCCUGUAGACAACCAAAGAGGUUCUGGUUCUGGAGGGACCAAACGAUCCAGCCUGGUUAGCCCGAGUCACCCACCACCAGCUCCUCCCAUCGGAUCCCCCUCAGCGGCUAGACCGGGCUUUGCUCCACCGCCUCCUCCAGCAGUCGAAUAUGCCAGCGUGCUCCCACCUCCGCUGCCGCAGCCGGGCGGUGGGAGUGCGCCGCCUCCUCCUCCACCACCACCUCCUCCUGGCCCACCACCUCUGUCUUCUAGUGUCCUGGAUGGUCCCCCACCCCCUCCUCCACCCUCAGACACCUCCACCUCCAAGCCCAAGUCAUCCUUGCCUGCAGUUAGUGAUGCCAGGAGUGAUCUGCUUUCAGCUAUUCGUCAAGGCUUCCAGCUCCGCAAGGUGGAGGAGCAGCGGGAACAGGAGAAGCGGGACGUUGUGGGCAAUGAUGUGGCAACGAUCCUGUCGCGCCGCAUCGCUGUGGAGUACAGCGACUCUGAGGAUGACUCUUCUGAGUUCGAUGAGGACGAAUGGUCGGAUUAACCAUAGUCCCAUCCCCUUCUUCCCCUUCUCUCCUGGGUUAACAUCAUCUUAAAGAAUCAGGUGGCCAAACCUUCCACCACUUCCUUUUUCAACCCGUAACCAAAGAUGUGCCAAGGGGGUUUCAGACAACCAGCAGCAUAUCUCCCCUUUUCCCUCCCCCUCCGGCUUUGGCAGGAGUUU